GCAGCGUCGAGAAACCGUCCCCCGUGGAAGCCGUAACUACGGAAAACGGCACUCCGCUGCCGAUCUGCAGCGUCGUGAAGUCGUCAGCCGCGCGGACACCACACCAAGCACAUAUAAAUAUUGGAAAAAGAGACAUGCCUUAUUUUCGAAAUUCGACCAAGAGAGCUUUUACUCGGUCUGUCCCGAGACACUCAGCGCCUAUAUAUGGCAGAAAAGUGUGACCGGGUGAAAGUGGCUGUGGACCCGUUUUACGGCGCCGGCGAAAAUAUAAUCCAACUUGCCCGUCUGUUCGACAAAGUCAUUGCUGUAGAUAUUGACGUAGACAAGAUAGUGAUGGCCAAGCAAAAUGCCGCGAUUUAUGGUGUACUUGAGAAGAUUGAGUUCGUUGUUGGAGACUUUUUCAAACUGACAAAUCAGAUAAAGGGUGACGUUAUAGUCACAUCGCCACAAUGGGGCGGUCCAGAAUACAACAAAAUGGAUGUUAUCGAAGAUGUGUUUAUGGACAGGUACCUCAACUCGACGUUGCUGUAG